AUGGAGAGCAAUCAGGAAACUUCUCUCUUCUUGGUGAAGAUCCUGGAGGAAUUGGACAGCAAGCAGAACACGGUUUCCUACCAGGACCUGUGCAAAUCCCUGUGUGGCCGCUUCGAUCUGUCGCAACUGGCCAAGCUCAGGAGCGUCCUCUUCUACACGGCCUGCCUCGACCCCAAUUUCCCGGCCACCUUAUUCAAAGACAAGAUGAAAUGCACCGUGAACAACCAGCAAUCCAAGAAGAUCAUGGUGGCCGCGGACAUUGUGACGAUAUUCAACCUGAUCCAGAUGAACGGGGGCCCCGCCAAGGAGAAGCUGCCCAGCAGUCGCCAGAAAAUGCGCAAGAAGGACGCGUCCUUCGAGUCGUGCCGCUCGGACACUGAGAUCUGCAGCGCAGCCGAGUGUGAGCCCCUCAACUGUGAGCUGAGCGAGCGGCCUUUCAGCCGGGGUUACCCCACCCGCCAGUCGUCCAAGUGCCGGAAGAUGGACUGCAAAGACUGCCCACAAUUUGUCCCCGCCUCCGAGCCCAACUUCUUGCUGGGGGUCAGCAAGGAGGUGAAGAACCGUGCUGCCUCCUUGGACCGGCUGCAGGCCCUAGCCCCCUACUCGGUGGCCAGCCCCCAGCCCUGCGAGAUGCAAAGGACCUACUUCCCCAUGAACAUCGAGAACGAGUCCAUCUCUGACCAGGACUCCCUGCCCAUCAACCCCGGCAUCAAGGAGACCUUCAUUUCCAACGAGGAGCCCUUUGUGGUCCCGUCCUGUGUGCAGAAAAGGAACAUUUUCAAAGAGGACUUUCACAAUCUGAUGGCCGUGUCCCCCGGCCUGGUGGGCCCUGCAAGCAAAGCCGAGGCCGAGCAUGGGGAAGCCCAGAGCCGCAAGGAGUCCCACAAGCCACCCUUCUUCAAUCACAGCUUCGAAAUGCCCUACAACAGCCAGUACCUGAACCCCGUGUACUCGCCGCUUCCUGACAAAAGGCGAGUGAAGCAUGAGAGCUUGGAUGACCUUCAGGCCUCCACAUAUUUUGGGCCCACACCAGUGGUGGGAACCCCGGACGCCCGCCGCUGUCCCGGGAGGCCGAGCAAGCAGACCCCCUGGCCAGCCAAAAGCUGGAGCCUCAACACUGAAGAGGUCCCUGACUUCGAAAGGUCCUUUUUCAAUAGAAAUCCUUCCGAGGAGAAGCUCCGUUACCCCAACCCCAGCCAGUCCCCCAAUUUCUCAGCCCCGGACAGGCGCCAGGCUUACCUGGCACCAAAAGAGCCCCCACAGAUCCUCCCCAUCAGCUAUGCAGCAAAGGCCAACGGGCUGAAGUCGAAAGAGCUCCCGUCCCCCAUGGAGCUGGACAAACAUGAAGCAGCCAAGAAAUUCAAGGAUAAGAGCAUUAGCUGCACCAGUGGCCAGCUCAGCUCAGACACCAGUAGUGUGGGUACCCAGACCGAGCUGGAGCCCAAGAAAUGCAAAGACUUGAGCGGCCCCAGCCAGGGCAAGUACAGUGACAGGCAUGCCAUGAAGUCGGAUGACGACUCCGAGAUUGUCAGCGAUGACAUCAGUGACAUUUUCCGCUUCCUUGAUGACAUGAGCAUCAGCGGCUCCACUGGGGUGAUACAAUCAUCCUGCUACAACAGCACGGGGUCCCUGUCUCAGCUUCAUAAAUCAGACUGCGACAGUUCACCGGAGCACAACCUCUCCAAGAUCGCCAAUGGGGUCCCCAGCAGCAAAGGCGAAAAGGGCAAUCGUCUCGAGACCCACCACCACUCGGAAGAGGAGCUAAAGUCUAGUGUGUGCAAACUGGUGCUCCGGAUCGGGGAAAUUGAACGGAAGCUUGAAUCGCUGUCUGGUGUCCGCGAAGAAAUCUCCCAAGUGUUAGGUAAAUUGAAUCGAUUGGAUCAGAAAAUGCAGCAGCCCGAGGUGAGUGUGCAGAUCGACCUGAAUUCCUUAACCAGUGAGGCUCCUUCUGACGACAGCGCCUCCCCGCGCAUGUUCCGUGCGCACAACAGCGCCCAUGGACCCAAGCUGGAGAACAACGCUGCCGACUGGUGUUGUUCAGAUGCCAGCGGGAGCAACAGUGAAAGUCUGCGUGUCAAGGCCUUAAAAAAAAGUCUCUUCACCAGGCCGUCUUCUAGGUCCCUGACUGAAGAAAACAGUGCUACUGAAUCCAAGAUUGCCAGUAUCUCCAACUCCCCCCGAGACUGGCGCACCAUCACCUAUACCAACCGCGUGGGCCUGAAUGAGGAGGAGCUGAAAGACAGAGGCCCGGGGGACAGUAAGGACUGGCAUCGGAAAUCUAAAGAGGCUGACAGGCAGUACGACAUCCCUCCGCAGCACCGACUGCCCAAGCAGCCCAAAGACAGCGGCUUCCUGGUGGAGCAGGUGUUCAGCCCUCAUCCUUACCCGGCCUCCCUCAAGGCCCACAUGAAGAGCAACCCGCUGUACACGGAUAUGCGGCUGACGGAGCUGGCGGAGGUGAAGCGAGGCCAGCCUUCCUGGACCAUCGAGGAGUAUGCACGAAAUGCUGGCGACAAGGGCAAGCUGACAGCUCUGGACUUGCAGGCACAAGAAUCUUUAAACCCAAACAACUUAGAAUAUUGGAUGGAAGAUAUUUAUACUCCAGGCUACGACUCAUUACUAAAACGCAAGGAAGCCGAGUUCCGACGAGCAAAGGUCUGCAAGAUAGCAGCUCUGAUUGCGGCUGCUGCAUGCACAGUCAUCCUGGUCAUUGUCGUGCCCAUCUGCACCAUGAAAUCCUGA